AUGAAAACCGACCUGGAGCUCGCUUUGGAGUGCAUCAUCAACAUCUACCACCAGUACGCCAUGAAGUGCCCCAUAGAUGACUACCUGAACGAGACCGAGUUCUCGAUGUUGCUGAAGGAGAACGCCAAGCCCUUCCUCCACAACACCAUGCCGCGUAACAUGUUCAUCGAUACCUACAUACACAAGCUCUUCAUCAGAGCAGACCGCAACGGCAGCGGCCGCCUCAAGUUCAUCGAGUUCCUGACCACGCUGAUUGAAAUAGUCAUUGAUGCCCACAAUAGGUCCCACCAGUGUCACAGGAGCGACGAAGAUUUCUGUAGGUACCUCAAGAGCUCAGCCAUGUCUGCAGGCCUCCAGACCACAACCACCUGUCCUGAGACUCGGCAGUUCCCUGGAAACUGCACGCUGGAGAUGGCCCUGAAUACCAUUGUGAACAUCUACCAUCAAUACAGCAUCCGUCAUCCCCACCGUGACCUCCUCGACUUCAACGAAUUCAGUACACUGCUGAAGGAGCAGGCAUGCACCUUCCUGCAAGCUUGUGACAGGAACCGUCCUGGCUACCUGCGGCAACUCUUUGAUGAGUCAAACAUAUAUAAGGGCAGAGAGCUGACUUUCAAGGAGUUCACCUGCGUCUUGGCCAAACUGGCCAAUGAUGCCCAUCACAUCAGCCACAAUGAGCCCCGCUGUGGACCUGAGAGGGAUUGA